AUGGCAGGUACGAAUGCCAAGGACGGCAGCGCACCCGCCCGUUUUCCCCUGGAAACGCUGAAUGUGGCUAGUGCCAACAAGGACACGUCGUCUAUACCACCACCCUCUCCAGCACGCUCUGAGUCCCUGAUCAGCGCCCGCCCUCCUCUUUUGAGUCAUAACACCAACCCAAACAUGAGUGCCUUAGAGGCAGAAAAGGCCAAAGAGAGCAGCGGGCGUCGCAUCCUGCGUCGAAUGCUGCCGGGCGGAGUCGCAGCUGACAAGGAGGCACCGCCGCCACUCACGGAUCCAAUGAGUGCCUCUCUUCCCCAUGAUACGACAUUUUCGCCGUUUAAACAUGGCCCUCUCUCGCCUCUCUCGCCUCGCAUGGACCCACGCGAAAAUGGUCCCGGCAGCGAGGUCGACGAGGUCGAGCUAGCCGAGUCCUUUGAGAACCUACAUAUGCGGUCUGGCGCACAGGGUGCCUGGCCGUUGGCCUCGCAGUCUGUGCCCACGCGUGAACGGAACAACUCUCUUUCGACGGACAGCACGGCAGACAAUCGUUUGACUGCAUCGGCUCUUCAGGAUCAUGAAAGGCGUGGUCGUUCCAAUUCGAUUGUGUCCGACAAGAGCAAGAGCAACAGUACUGGUUCGGCCCUACGCGAUAUGAUCAUGAACAGCCCCAUGAUCGCGCGCCGUGGAUCGUCAGCUUCUCAUCGCUCCGAUGGCAGUGCAUCUAGCAAAAGCACGAAAGAGAAAAAGCGUAUGGGCAAUAUGAUCGGCGGAGGGACUAGCACUGGCGAGGUGGCUAGUUUGAUGAAAAAGUAUGGCACAUGCGAGCGUGUGGCAAUUGGCAAAGGUGCUAGUGCGGUGGUCCGAAUUGCGCACAAGCGCGACAAAAGCGAGGACAAAGUGUAUGCGGUGAAAGAGUUCCGCAAGCGCCGCAAGAAUGAGUCCGAAAAAGACUAUGUUAAAAAGCUCACGUCGGAGUUCUGCAUUUCAUCGACUCUGCACCAUGUCAACGUGGUGGAAACUGUGGAUCUCGUACAGGACGAGAAUCAACACUGGUGUGAGGUGAUGGAGUAUUGUCCGGGUGGUGACUUGUAUGCCGCCAUCAAGAAAGGAGGCAUGAAGCAUACUGAGAUGGAUUCGUACUUCAAGCAGACUAUCCUUGGUAUUCACUACUUGCACUCUAUGGGCGUGGCCCAUCGGGAUAUCAAGCCCGAGAACUUGUUGCUUGAUGGCAAAGGUCAUAUCAAGAUCACCGACUUUGGUGUGAGCGACGUGUUCCGCAUGUGUUGGGAAAAAUCGACACACUACAGCAAGGGCUUAUGCGGGUCUGAGCCGUAUAUUGCCCCGGAACAGUUUGAACAGAAGGAGUAUGACGCGCGUCUUGUGGACAUUUGGGCAGCUGCGAUUGUCUUCUACUGCAUGCAGUGCCAGGAACUGCCGUGGCGUGUCGCAAAAAUGUCGGACCCAACAUUCCAGGACUUUGUUCAUUCAUAUCUCGCUACCACGACACCUAGCCCACUGCCCAACCUGUCUCCCCGAGAAUGCCGUCCGUUGCUGAAGAAGAUGCUGUGUCCCGACCCAAAAAUUCGCAUUAUGACGGACGACAUUCUGAAGGACGCGUGGCUCGCCCAAGUCCCGAACUCUGUCCCACAGUAA